AUGUCGGCUAUUCAGAUGUCAUUCUCUCUCCGCGUCUCUUCUGGCGUCAAGUCUGUUCAUCUUCUCGGUUCCUGGGACAACUACGUCGGUCAGCUCCCCCUUUCCAAGGACAAGACUUCCUCGAAGUCCGGCUCGUGGAAGGGCACGUUCCGCUUCCAGCCCACGACCCUUGAGGCCGGCCAGCGCUACUGGUACUACUACAUCAUCGACGGCUACCAUGUCUCGCACAACCCCAGCGAGAAGUCCACCCUUGAGCCCACCACUGGCCGGGAGCUGAACAUCCUCGAUGUGCCCAAGUCUUCCUCCAAGUCAUCUUCCUCUUCUUCCAAGAGCUCCUCGCGCCACUCUUCCAGCUCUUCCAAGUCCAGCAAGUCCAGCAAGUCCGGCUCUCGUCUCUCCGUCGAGAUCCCUAAGGGUCGUCCCCUGUCUGUCUCCCAGAUCAAGUCCCCCAGGCCGAUCUUACCCAACGCGACUCACAAGGUUGUCAACUUCGACGAGGACGAGCUCAGCAACCACUUCGCUGCCACUGGCAUCUACGAGGACGAUGAGGACAUCAUCACCGACUUCGGCUCUCCCGUCUCCAGCACUGGCUCCAGCCUGUCCUACCGCUCCGACAGCUCCAGUCCCAGCAGCCAGCUCUCCGGCUACAGCACUCCCGCCUCGGACUGCAGCUCGUGCACCUGCGAGCGCUACGGCAUCACCCGCAAAGGCGACCGCGUCCUCCUCGACUGCGGCGGCUCCCGCUGCGGCUACUCGGACUCGUGCUCCAGCUCCGAGGACGAGGAAGGCCACGUCCCCGGCAACUCCCGCCGCAACGGCAUCAUCGUCCGCCACUAG